AUGCUGGGGAAGCUCUUCAACCUGGGCACCGGGAGUGCUACAAGUGUACCUGGUCCCUCGCAACCCCACUCCAGCAACAUCAACAAUAAUGCCGCCUUAAGAGACGCGCCCCAGUCCCUCGAGUCUAUGCAGGAGGAUAUUCACACCCGCAACCUUCUAUUUCCCGACGCCGAAGCCUUAUACCAGCAUCGGAACGGCCAAGUCUUCCCCUUGUCUAUGGCUUCCGCUCUUCCUCUGGCGUCCAUAGCAAGUGCCUUUGACUACGACGGCGACAUCGACCUCGACACCCGCCAUGUUCGUCUUCUCAUCAUGCAGGACGCCGUAGCUUCCCUUCCCGCCCAGCUUCUCUUCGACAGCCAUCCUGCGCCGCCAAAGCCGCCCUCCACUGCCACCCCCGGAGAGCGAACCGCAACAGGAUUUGGCACCGUACAAGACUCUCACAGAGUCCCAACUUCCCCUAGAAAGAGCAGCCUGAACCAGACAUCCCGCCCUCUGGUUAUUCAACCGGACAGUCCUCAACCCCGCCAGGGUGCUUUUGACCGCAGGGCUUCGAUGCAGGGGCGGGCUCAAUCUCAGGCUGAGACUGACUUACAACGCGCACGGAGAGAGUACAAUGACGAGAUUCACGCUUUUGCCGGCUCCGUCUUUGGGAACUCGGAGCUGAUGGCCUACAAGGGCACUUCAACAAAAGUCCACAUUGUUCCGACUGAAAACCGCCCGGAAUAUGGAGGCUCCUACCUAGGCGAUGGCCGCGGCUCUAUUGGCCGGUCCAGCAUGCGAUCCAGCCGACUGGCACAGUCUUACACAUCGGACAGUGUCUCGCCCAUGCAACCACCACCGUCUUUCACCUCGUCUGCGCCAAACACGCGUAGUCCGCCAGAGAGGAGGAAGAUUCUCAUCACUCGGCUGUUUCCCGUCUUGCUCCCCAGCGACGACGACACACAAAGUGAUACUCCCUUGAGCCGUUUCUCGGACCACAACACAGGUUUUCCCUUUCCACAGUCCGCCGACGACGCAAACGCUCCAAAGAAGAAGAAGCUGCAGCCCAAACAGAAGCGCACUCCCAUGUACGCAGUUGUGCUGGUUGUGCAGCUGCCGCCCACCUCGGGUCCUAUGGCCCCUCCUUCCACCAUUAGGUCCAAUUUCCGCGGCGCCAGCUCCUACACGGACCAAGAGUCGUUCCCAUCUUCCGUUAACUCGGCCCGCCGCUCAGGAUGGACCAUGUCUGGAUCCGGGUUCCCCAUCGACUCAAUGGAAUCCUCUUGCUCGACCGAUGUCGACGACAGGAUGGACACCGUUACGCAGCACUGGGAUAUCAUCAUGCGAACGUUGACACAUCUUCAAGGGGUAGUCGCUACCACGCUUGGCGUUCUGCUCAAGCAAGCCGACAUCACUUCCCCGGAUCCCUACCCUCCUUCGGCGUCUUCGUAUGCCGGCAGAGGUCCAUCCAUCGGCGGUAGGAGACACGAGGAGCCGCAUUUCGUCAAGCCUCCCAAGACCAAUGCCAAAGUCAUAGCGCUGCAGCCUCACUGCCUUCAGAACGACGACAACAUCGUACAAGAGGCCAACUCCGCCAGGAUCCGCGUCGUCACUGGUCUUCGUGCCCAAAGGGUCAUCACGGCACAGGGCAGAUGGGGCAUCUGGAGAGACGAAGCGAGAUGGAUGGCCAGGAAGGCCGGCGAGAAGGAGCACGGCUUCUUCUUCUUCAAUCUCCUGACUGGGUUUCUUGCGACGCACACCGACUGGCUGAACGCUAUGAGCCCGGCGUGGUAUCGCCGAAAGCACUAUCAACAACAAAAGGCAAAGGGCGAAGACGAUCUCUCCUUGCCAGCACGAACUAUUAUCAUCGCUUCAGACAAGAUGCUUGCACGGCGUCUCAUCUUCCUCCUUUCCGCAUUUCUGCCAUCGCACCAGCAUCUUUCAUCAGUCAAGACCCAUAGGCCGAGCACCUCCACGUCCUUUGGGGCCUUUUCCCAGUCGCCUCCUUCGCUAAUCAUUCCGAUCCUCCGCGAAGAAUCACUGCGGCGUAAGAUCAAUAGACGUCCGGGCCACAGGCGCGUAUCCCAUUCACGCACAGUCAGCCAAAGCAACCGUAUAUCCGCCGUGCCCCCUCAGCUCGCCCACUUAAGCAUGGAGAGCCAUCACGAGAGACGCGUUUCGGAUGCUGCCUCCAUACGGUCGAAUUUGCCCAUCCCAGGCAACGAUCAAGUCAGCCGAAAGAGCAGUGCGGCAACAACCACGACAAUCACCCCCGAGACCACCAUCCCGCACUUCACAACUGCCCAAAGAUUCGAGAACCGACGAAGUCUUCGACCCGGCAGCAGUGGCAGCGUCGCCGCCGACGACCUCAAGAGAACACUGAAACGAGGCGAAAGCUCGGGACACAUGAGCUCCGCCAGCACAGACUCCCGUGUGUCGAGCUCGCGUUGGGGCAGCGUCAUUAGCACCCUCUGGAACGGCAAGAGGAGAGACUCGACUGGCCUCACCACCCCAAGCCACCCCUACGGUAGCAACCCAACCUCACCGACCAAAGCGACGCCGGGGGGGCGUCGGGACAAGCUGGCGGAGAUGGUCAGAGAAGUCAGGACCGAGGGUUAUCAUCGAACAGAUGAUCGCAACCACGGCACGGUGGGCAAUGGCAACGGUCCUACGACCCCUCGCGGUUUCGAUGACCAGGUCAUUGAUGACCCGAUUGAGAGAGUCGCUUUCCCUGAGCGGGUUCCCGAUCCCAGCGGCGACUUCCGAUCGCCCGUCAAAACGUCGAUCAACGCGGAGGAUGGGGUCAUUGACGUCGACAUCCCCUUCCCUGACUACAUCACGUCUUUCGAAACCGCAGUCAGCUCGCCGUCGAGCAGCGGUUACCUGUCCACACCUGGUAUCGGCAGUGGGUUGGAAGGGUUCGAACAGUUUUCCCGCGUCACGAUCGACGGCGACUCCCCGAUGAACGUUGCCGGGUUUCUCCAACAGUACCAUCAAGAUUUCAUCCUACAGGCCGUCUCCCCUCAAGACACCCUCAUGGAAGACAUCAAAAAGUCCAUGAGAGCCGAGCCGACCCCGUUUAUCACGCAGCCAUUUUACUCCACCGAGCAGCCCGCCGACCGCUGGGUUGAUGUCAGCAGUGCUCUAAUCGCGGACACGACAACGCACACCAUUAAGCGAAUCCGCUACCGUAGACUCAUCCGACCCAGGCCGUUCACGGACAGGUCGGCCCCCCUCGGCUCCGCGGGCUCAAGCGCUUACAGUGCUGCUCCGAUGACCCCUUCAAUUCUCCCUUACGAAACGCAGCUGGAUGAUGAGUUCGUCGAGGAGCCCAUCGCGAGUCUUGACGAGGUCCUCAUUGAAGCUGUGGAAAGAGUGAUUGCACAGAGUAACGAAGUGAGCAAGCAAAGUUCUUCAAACUCAUCCCGGUCGACGAGCAAGAGGCGAGACCGUAGCAAUAGUGAGGCAUCGGUGUCGGUUGACUCGCAUCACACAACCCGCAUCCCUGUGGCGUUACAAGAGGUUCCACGAGACCAAUGUAAGACAGUGGUCUUGUCGGCUCUGGACGAGAUCAUUCGUGACGUUAUCGAGGAGAGGGACCAUGACACGCCUGACGCCACCCUCCAAGCGCUAGACCGAGACCGCGAGAGCACUUUGCGAGAGGCAGUCCGAGUAUGGCUGGAUGCUGUCGAUUCUAGCGAACAGAUAUAA